AUGGUGGGCGCGAGGCAUGGGCGGCUUCUUCCUGUGGCGGCACUCCUUGUGGCCACCUGCUUCUCCCCUCUCUUGCUACCGCCGGCGGCCGCCGUCGACGAGCUGGAUGGGAGUGGGAGGGAGGCUCAGCGGAACACCGAGCGCAUCUCAGUGGCAUGCGUGUCUGCCUGCACGACCUGCAAACGGAAAUUCUUGAGUAAUGCCACUGACAGCGUCCCGCUCAGCUACCAUGAGUGGUGGCAUCGUGGAAGUGCUGGUGAUGUUCUAGAAGACAAUCCUGUUGGCAAGUUGAAGGUUUUCGUCUACGACUUGCCAAGCAAGUACAACAAGAGGCUUGUCACCAAGGAUCCCCGAUGCCUCAACCACAUGUUUGCCGCUGAGAUAUUCAUGCACCGUUUCUUGCUCUCUAGUGCAGUGAGGACGGUUAAUCCUGAAGAGGCCGAUUGGUUCUAUGCUCCUGUUUACACUACUUGUGAUCUAACUCGUGCUGGACUUCCGUUACCGUUCAAGUCUCCAAGGAUGAUGAGAAGCGCGAUCCAGUUCAUUUCAAAGAGGUGGCCUUUCUGGAAUAGAACUGAUGGAGGAGAUCAUUUCUUUGUCGCUCCACAUGAUUUUGCGGCAUGCUUUCACUAUCAGGAAGAGAAUGCUAUUGCGCGUGGAAUUCUUCCGUUGCUACACCGUGCUACAUUGGUUCAAACAUUUGGACAGAAGAAUCAUGUUUGCUUGAAAGAGGGAUCUAUUACUAUACCACCAUUUGCGCCACCACAGAAAAUGCAGGCUCACUUAAUUCCUCCUGAUACACCCCGUUCAAUCUUCAUUUACUUCAGAGGUUUGUUCUAUGACAAUGGGAACGACCCUGAGGGUGGGUAUUACGCAAGAGGUGCUCGAGCUUCAUUGUGGGAGAACUUCAAGAAUAAUCCUCUGUUUGAUAUCUCCACCGAACACCCUGCCACCUACUAUGAAGAUAUGCAGCGCUCCGUCUUCUGCUUAUGCCCGUUGGGGUGGGCGCCAUGGAGUCCUAGGUUGGUGGAGGCUGUGGUUUUUGGCUGCAUUCCAGUCAUCAUAGCUGACGACAUCGUGCUGCCUUUCGCCGAUGCAAUCCCUUGGGACGAAAUUGGUGUUUUUGUUGAUGAGGAGGAUGUGCCAAAGCUUGAUUCAAUUCUCACGUCGAUUCCGAUUGAUGAUAUCCUAAGGAAGCAAAGAUUGCUCGCCAACCCAUCAAUGAAGAAGGCCAUGCUGUUCCCGCAGCCAGCGCAACCUAGAGAUGCAUUCCAUCAGAUUCUAAAUGGCCUUGCUCGCAAACUCCCGCACCCAGAGACCAUAUACUUACAGCCAGGUGAGAAGCAUCUCAACUGGACAGCUGGGCCUGUUGGAGACUUGAAGCCUUGGUAA